AUGAAACCCAAGCGUUUUCGCAAGCAAGUGCCACGCACAUACCUCUGGUGCGACGACAGCGUUGAGAAGAUGUUCAUGUUACGGUAUAAGUCGGCCUUGGCGCCUCGUUUUGAAUCCAAGAACAACUACGGCAAGCGAGAGGCAUAUGUCCUCGCGAAAAUGAAGUCCGAGUGGUCGUUGUCGAAGCCCAGUUUGGCUAGUCCGACAGGGAAUGCGACCAAACCACCGCAGCCGAUACAUUUCGACGCCAUGCUCGAGUAUUGGGGUGAUAAGAUCGGGUACAAGCGAGAGUCCCUUAUGAGCACUGACGACAUCAGCGAGGGCGAUAGCUUACAAAACAGCACGGGCACGUCGAUGCCUCAACAACCCCAAGUGCAGCCAGCACUGGGUACCACUUUGGACAAUGGGUUAAUUGCGAUCAAGUCGCAAUCGGACACGAUGACCCAACUGCUGUCUCACUUAGUUGCCGAAAAGGGAAAUAAGAAUGAGUAA